CCCGGAAAAGAAGCAGCUCUCGAUUGGAUGCUCUCUGUUGAAGCGUAAGAAAAUCAGCCAAUCGGAAUGUACAUACGCUCCAUGAUACCCCGCCCCCUGCUUGAGGUUACUUUUUUUUGGCGGGAAAAGUUGGGACGUUUUCGCGCCGGGGCUUAUUAGCCAAAGGCCCUCCGCGCAGAAAUUCUCGGGCGGCGAGCAUGGCGGGGACCGUGGUGCUGGACGAUGUGGAGCUGCGAGAGGCGCAGAGAGACUACCUGGACUUCCUGGACGACGAGGAAGACCAGGGAAUUUAUCAGAGCAAAGUUCGGGAGCUGAUUAGUGACAACCAGUACCGGUUGAUCGUCAACGUGAAUGACCUGCGUAGGAAAAAUGAGAAGAGGGCCAACCGCCUCCUGAGCAAUGCCUUUGAGGAGCUGGUUGCCUUCCAGCGGGCCUUGAAGGAUUUCGUGGCCUCCAUUGAUGCUACGUAUGCCAAGCAAUACGAGGAGUUCUACAUAGGCUUGGAGGGCAGCUUCGGCUCCAAGCACGUCUCUCCUCGGACCCUUACCUCCUGCUUCCUGAGCUGUGUCGUCUGUGUGGAGGGCAUUGUUACUAAAUGCUCUCUAGUUCGUCCCAAAGUCGUCCGCAGUGUCCACUAUUGUCCUGCUACCAAGAAGACCAUAGAGCGACGUUAUUCUGAUCUCACCAGCCUGGUGGCCUUUCCUUCCAGCUCUGUCUAUCCCACCAAGGAUGAGGAAAACAAUCCCCUUGAGACAGAAUACGGCCUUUCUGUCUACAAGGACCACCAGAUCAUCACCAUCCAGGAAAUGCCGGAGAAGGCCCCCGCCGGCCAGCUUCCCCGUUCCGUGGACGUCAUCCUGGAUGACGACUUGGUGGACAGAGUGAAGCCUGGCGACCGGGUGCAGGUGGUGGGGACCUACCGCUGCCUUCCUGGGAAGAAGGGAGGCUACACCUCAGGCACCUUCAGGACUGUCCUGAUUGCCUGUAACGUCAAACAGAUGAGCAAGGACGUUCAGCCUGCCUUUUCCGCUGAGGACAUAGCCAAGAUCAAGAAGUUCAGUAAAACCCGUUCCAAGGAUAUCUUUGACCAGCUGGCCCGGUCACUGGCGCCCAGCAUCCACGGGCACGACUAUGUCAAGAAGGCGAUCCUCUGCUUGCUGUUGGGUGGGGUGGAGCGAGACCUCGAGAACGGCAGCCACAUCCGUGGGGACAUCAAUAUCCUCCUCAUAGGAGACCCGUCGGUCGCCAAGUCCCAGCUGCUGCGGUAUGUACUAUGCACGGCGCCGCGGGCCAUCCCCACCACCGGCCGGGGCUCCUCCGGUGUGGGUCUCACAGCUGCUGUCACCACAGACCAGGAGACAGGUGAGCGCCGUCUGGAGGCGGGGGCCAUGGUCCUGGCUGACCGAGGCGUGGUUUGCAUCGAUGAGUUUGACAAGAUGUCUGACAUGGACCGCACGGCCAUUCAUGAGGUGAUGGAGCAGGGCCGAGUCACCAUCGCCAAGGCCGGCAUCCACGCCCGCCUCAACGCCCGCUGCAGUGUUUUGGCAGCUGCCAACCCCGUCUACGGCAGGUAUGAUCAGUACAAGACCCCCAUGGAGAACAUCGGGCUGCAGGACUCGCUGCUGUCCCGAUUUGACCUUCUCUUCAUCAUGCUGGACCAGAUGGAUCCCGAGCAGGACCGGGAGAUCUCGGACCAUGUCCUCCGAAUGCACCGCUACAGGGCACCUGGAGAGCAGGAUGGUGACGCUAUGCCUCUUGGCAGUGCUGUGGAUAUCCUGGCCACGGACGAUCCCAACUUCAGCCCUGACGACCAGCAGGACACCCAGAUCUAUGAGAAGCAUGACAACCUUCUGCAUGGGAUCAAGAAGAAGAAGGAGAAGAUGGUGAGUGCGGCAUUCAUGCGGAAGUACAUCCACGUGGCCAAAAUUAUCAAGCCGGUGCUGACGCAGGAGUCGGCCGCCUACAUCGCGGAGGAGUACUCACGCCUGCGCAGUCAGGACAGCAUGAGCUCGGAUACAGCCAGGACGUCUCCAGUGACAGCCCGGACCCUGGAAACCCUGAUUCGCUUGGCCACAGCCCACGCCAAGGCCCGCAUGAGUAAGACUGUGGACCUGCAGGAUGCAGAGGAGGCUGUGGAGCUCGUCCAGUACGCUUACUUCAAGAAGGUUCUCGAGAAGGAGAAGAAACGUAAGAAGCGAAGUGAGGAUGAAUCGGAUGCGGAAGAUGAAGUGGAGAAGAGCCAGGAGGACCAGGAGCAGAAGACGAAGAGGAGGAGGACCCAUCCCUCAGACGCCAAGGAAGGGGACUCCUAUGACCCCUAUGACUUCACCAACACGGAGGAGGAAAUGCCUCAGGUGCACACUCCAAAGGCAACAGACUCACAGGAGACCAAGGAGUCCCAGAAGGUGGAGUUGAGUGAAUCCAGGUUGAAGGCCUUCAAGGCGGCCCUCUUAGAGGUGUUCCGGGAAGCUCAUGCACAAUCGGUUGGCGUGAAUCGCCUCACGGAAUCCGUCAACCAAGACAACGAAGAGCCCUUCUCCUCUGCGGAGAUCCAGGCUGCGCUGAGCAGGAUGCAAGACGACAACCAGGUCAUGGUCUCCGAGGGCAUCGUCUUCCUCAUCUGAGGGCCCUCGUCUUUGGACUGUGGGAUCCGGCCAAGAAAGUUCCUUCCAGUUUCCUCUUCGCCCUCCCCCCAGCCCAGCGUUUGCCUUCAUUCCCUGAAUGUCAGUGUUGAAUUGAACUGAAGUGGAGGACAGGUGACAAGCAGAGUCAGGACUUGGUGGAAGCCUGAGGACGGGUCAGGAAAACUGCCGUGGGGCCAAGAGAAGGUGGACGGGACCAAGGAGAUGUGUCUUCACUGCACAAGACUAAACCACAAGGGUCCUUCCCCAUCCCCACUGCCCGUCCCAAACAAGCCACACCAUUCUUCACUGUAGACGGCACAACCUCUGAGUAUGUUAGGGGGUCACAGCUGGUUUCUGUUCAUGUGUUGGCUUCCACCCCCCAGCACUUUGGUCUAGAACAGACUCUGGUGGUUCUGUGCUGAUGGAGAGAGACUGAGGCAAGUCCUUAGGCCUAGAAAGCUUGCUUUGCGGUAGCACCACUUAAGACUUAUAUGGAAUUUUGACCUAAACACCCAAGACAUUAAUAAACACUCAUUUUUUAUACUCUC